UUUGACACAGACGGCGAUCGGCGGUUGUGCCUUUGGUGCUGGGCUCUGGACCCGAUUCUGGCGGAUCCCGCGUCCGAGUCGGGGGAAGGACUUUUCGUUUGGAUCAACGCAACUGCGGCAGCACCGCCAGUCCUGGUGCAGCCGCAAGACUUGGUGCAGCCACAGCUGCCGGAUUUUACCGCCGCUGCCGCCUCUGCGAAGCCCUGCAGCUCCUGCCGGUUCUGGGAGAGCCACUCAAGAGUUUUCUCCAGCAGAAACAGCUGGGACGCGCGGCCCGAGGUGGCGUGGGAGGGAUCCCGCGGCCAGCCACUGAUCAGCACCUGCGCCGGCGCUGUCCCGGGCUGGGCUCAGGCUUCUGAGCCGCAGGUGGAAGGAGGACGCCCCGGAGGAGCAGCUGAGAGGUGGGGCGCCAGGAACGGCGCCGAAUCUGGUAGAGGAUGAUAAACCCUUUCUCUGAGCCCGCACUAGUGAGGAUGGAAUUCCAAAGUUGCUGGUGGUGCUGUGUCAGGAGCAGGGGGAGUGGGGAUGCCUACUCCCUUUUGCCUGAGAGUUUAAAUGGGAUAGUCGCAAGUUCAGCGCAGCCUGCAACUUCAGCAACAUCCUGGUCAACCAGGAGAGACUUAACAUCAACACCGCCACGGAGGAGGAGCUGAUGACCCUGCCUGGGGUGACGCGCGCGGUGGCAAGGAGCAUUGUGGAGUACCGCGAGUACAUCGGUGGCUUCAAGAAAGUGGAGGACCUGGCCCUUGUCAGUGGCGUGGGUGCCACCAAGCUGGAGCAGGUCAAGUUUGAGAUCUGCGUGAGCAGCAAGGGCAGCUCGGCGCAGCACUCCCCCAGCUCCCUGCGGAGGGACUUGAUGGCAGAGCAGCAGCCUCACCACCUGGCCACCGCCGCCGCUGUGCCUCUCACCCCGCGUGUCAACAUCAACACAGCCACCCCGGCCCAGCUCAUGAGCGUGCGGGGCCUCACGGAGAAGAUGGCCGUCAGCAUCGUGGACUACCGCCGUGAGCAUGGGCCCUUCCGCAGUGUCGAGGACCUGGUGAGGAUGGGCGGGAUCAAUGCCGCCUUCCUGGACAGGAUACGGCACCAGGUGUUUGCCGAGAGGUCCAGGCCCCCGUCCACCCACACCAACGGCGGUCUGACCUUCACCGCCAAGCCUCACCCCAGCCCCACCUCACUAAGCUUGCAGAGUGAAGACUUGGACCUGCCGCCUGGGGGUCCGACUCAGAUCAUCUCCACGAGGCCCUCGGUGGAGGCCUUUGGAGGCACGAGGGACGGGCGGCCUGUGCUGAGGCUGGCCACCUGGAACUUGCAGGGCUGUUCGGUGGAGAAGGCCAACAACCCCGGGGUGCGAGAGGUGGUGUGCAUGACGCUCCUGGAAAACAGCAUCAAGCUGCUAGCUGUGCAAGAACUACUCGACAGAGAGGCCCUGGAAAAGUUCUGUACGGAGCUAAACCAGCCAGUCCUGCCCAACAUCCGCAAGUGGAAAGGGCCCCGAGGAUGCUGGAAGGCCGUGGUUUCAGAGGCGCCCUCGACUCAGCUCCAAAAGGGUGCCGGGUUUGCAGGGUUCCUGUGGGACACAGCGGCCGGGGUGGAGCUGAGAGAUGCCGCCUGGCAAGAGAGCUCACCCAGCAACGGGCAUGGGAAGCCGGCGUGCCCUAGCCCGUACCUCGCAAGGUUUAAGGUAGGAAGUCAUGACUUGACGCUGGUGAACCUUCACCUGGCGACCCUGACCCUCCCAGGGGGUGAGAACCUGAGCAAGAAUCACGGUGACAGCCAUCGCUGGGCUAGCUUCACACAGACCUUGCAGGAAACCCUGAAAGGAGAAAAAGACGUGAUAGUUUUAGGGGAUUUUGGCCAGGGGCCAGACAGCAGUGACUAUGAUAUCUUGAGGAAAGAAAAAUUCCACCACCUGAUCCCCGCACACACCUUUACCAACAUCAGCACCAAGAAUCCUCAAGGCUCGAAGACUCUGGACAACAUCUGGAUCAGUAAAAGCUUAAAGAAGGUUUUCACAGGCCACUGGGCUGUAGUGAGAGAAGGCCUCACGAACCCUUGGAUUCCAGAUAACUGGUCUUGGGGCGGAGUGGCUUCUGAACACUGCCCCGUGCUUGCGGAGUUUUACACGGAGAAGGACUGGAGCAGGAAGGAAGGCACUCGGAACGGCAACGGGCUCACCCUGGAGCGGAGUGAAGCCAUCAUUAAACACGAGCGAUGAUGACACCGAAUAGGCGUUCCGCCCCUUGCCCCCGGGGAGUUCGCCCUUCCCCGUGAAGAUGCAGAGCCAGAACCGCCUGCCCUGACAGCGGACAGUGCUUGGGCAGCAACCUGGCUGCCUUCCUCACAGAGUUUGUGGACUCUCAUGGGGGAGGGAGCCCAGCAGGCCCUCGAGGUGCUGGAUGGUCUGACCAGAACUGGAAUGUCUCUGAUCUGUGGAUGCCACCAGCCUCAGCCACCGGGGGUCAUCACCCCACUGCCUGGACUGCAGCUCAUGGGGAACAGCAGUGGAGGCUGGAGGCUGGAGGCCGAGCUCUAGUUCCUGACCACCAGUCUGCGAUGUUCUGACUGCAAAUCCUGUGAAAAGCUUUUAACUUGAGCACUCUCCUCAAAUAUUUUGAGUGAUGAUUUUUAGUUUUGUUUUGAAAAAAAUAAACAGAGAUGAGCCUGCCUGGCUGCAGUGAGA